CCAUUGUAUUGUAUUAUAAUCCAAACAACAAUUGGUCCCUCCCUCCCCAACCAACAGGCAUCUCUCUCUCUCUCUCUCUCUCUCUCUCUCUCUCUCUCUCUCUCUCUCUCAUGUUGCAAGGGUAGUAAGUAGUAUAUUUUUGUCAAGAAGUCAGGCUCCAAAGCAGAAGUGAGUAGUAGGUAGCUGUAGAAAAGUAUUCUGAUGCAAAUGAGGGAGAAACCACAUGGUGGGGGCUUUCAGACUUCUGCUGACAGUUCUGAUCAUAGAGAGUAAUGGCAUUUGUUUCAUUUGGCAGUGGCUGUCUUUUCUCCUUCGAAAUAUCAUACCCACACACUCAUGUAUUGGUACGAAUAUAUGGUCAUUUCCUGUUCAGUCAACAGAGCAAAACACCAACGGGCUAUGAAUUACUACUACUUCAAAAUCCCCUCCCCUCCUCAUACAUUAUUUAUCUUCAUCACCUACCGCAUAUAUGCAGUUUCUCAUGACACUUCCAUCUUCAAUAGGCUGCCUUGGGCUUUGUAUAUGCCUUAGAGCAGAAAGUCAUACAUACAGCAGAUCAUGAGUAUUAUUGUUAAGGUGCUUAGUUAUUAGUACUAUUGUUAAGCUGAACUGAAGCAGCUGCAGCAGCUCAUACAUACAGCAGAUCAUGAGUAUCGAUUAUCGAAAAUCCAUCCAUAGUCUGGCUGAGUCUAUCCAUUCUCUCUUAGGAUCAAAGACACAUCUAAUUACCCCAAGCUGGGUUGAUUCAGUCAGUAAUAUAAUCAGAAGCUCACCAUCUUAUCAACGAGGACAUCAUCAUCAUCAUGACCAUGAGGAUGACUAUAAGAAGGGCCUUGCCAUUCCGAAAAUACAAGAUGAACUUGCUGCACUAAAUGCCAAUAUCUGCCAAUUGAACAUACAGAGAAGGCAGGUCCUCAAUGAUUUCCUAGACCUCAAAGGGAACAUUCGUGUUUUUUGUCGUGUCAGACCCAUCACCAUGGGUGACAAUUGCUACCUUCUUAGACCUGUUGUGGCUCUGGAUUCAAGUCGUUUGGCACUAAAUUUUGCCAAGAAUAAGAGCAAAAUUUAUAGUUUUGACAAGGUUUUCCACCCCAGUUCAUCACAAGAUGAGGUUUUCGAAGAAGUUGAGCCGGUUAUCAAAUCAGCCUUGGAUGGCUACAAUGCUUGUAUAUUUGCUUAUGGGCAGACAGGCACCGGUAAAACUUUCACAAUGGAAGGAACUGCAGAUCAUCCAGGUGUAAUCCCCCGAGCAAUGGAAGCACUCUUCAAGCAAGCAGCAGGCAGUAAUCACCCAUUUCUCUUCAGUUUCAGUAUGCUUGAGAUUUACAUGGGAUAUCUAAAAGAUUUGCUUGUUCCUCGGACAACAAAGGCAACUGAGCACAUGCCACCAUGCCUCUCAAUCCAAACAGAUUCUGAAGGAGAGAUCGAGAUCAACAACCUAGCCACCAUCCAAGUGAGUGACUUCAACCAAGCAAAAAGGCUGUAUACAAUGGGACGUCGUUCCAGAUCCACAGCUUCUACGAAUUCCAACCAAUCUUCGAGUAGAUCUCAUUGCAUGACUCGCAUAUUGAUGACUUGUUUUGAUGCUAACACGAGGAGAAGGAUAACAAAUAAAAUAUGGAUGGUUGACCUAGGGGGAAGUGAGCGUGUUCUAAAGACAAAGGCAAUGGGACGAAGAUUUGAAGAAGGAAAAGCAAUUAAUCUGUCACUGUCAGCCCUUGGGGAUGUCAUCAAUGCCCUCCACAGAAAGAAUUCCCACAUACCUUACAGGAAUAGCAAGCUGACACAAGUUCUUAAAGAUUCCCUAGGGGAUGAUUCAAAAACACUGAUGCUUGUCCAUGUUAGUCCCAAAGAGGAAGAUUUGUGUGAGACAAUAUGCUCUUUAAAUUUUGCAACACGGGCGAGAAGCAUUCACCUUUGCAAUGAGGAAUCCAAUGAAGCAAAGGUGCAACGAGAAGUUGAAAUGAACAGUCUGCAGUACAGGAUGAAAUGGAUUGAAGAUAAGCGCCAGGAUAUCAGAAGAGAAAUUCAGAUGUUAAAUGAAAAGUUGGAAGAUCUUACAGGGACACCACCAUCUUCAAGCAAGCAACUGGAGGUUUCCCAUCUAUCUUUUGAGCUUGAAGAACCACAAUCCAACAUAGAGACAGUGAAAAAGAUUGGAAAUGUUAUGGCAGCUCUGCCAUUGAAGUUACCAAGAUUUAUGAGGCCCACCCUUUGCAGCAGAAGAAAAUCUGGAGUAGAUUGCCAAACAUCAGCAGAAAACGACGCAAAGGCUGUAAAAAUGAGGCGGCCAAAACCUCAUCAUGCAGAAUCUGUGAGUUUACCCAUGAACGGUACAGCAGAAUACAACUCAGAGAGCAUUAUUUCCAGAAAUAGCUGCUUGGGUUUGGAACUUAAAUGUACUCCAGACAAUGAAACAGAAGGCAGCCAAGAAAAAUCUGAAUGUGAUAUCAAAACAGUAGUAUUCCCAAUACAGGAUAAGUUACCAAGGGCUCGAAAUGGUAAAACGGCUGACCACAGUUGCGGUCAGACACAUAGAAAUAGGAAAACAAACUACAUAAAUUCCCCAAAACUCAUUAAUAUUGAUGAUUGGCUUCAAUCAAACAAGUAUGCACAUGGUACCAUCAGUUCCACUCAUCAGAAUAGGCAAGUUCUGGUAAUUCCUCACCCAGAGAAGAACAGAAGGGGUAGUCUACGGAGCGAACUGGAAGAAUUGCAUAAUGACAAAGUGAAUGAUUACAAGCUUUCAAAGAACAAGACAAACCAUGAUAAGAUUAAGAAAUUGGCCAAGGUUGGAGCAGCUGGAACGUCCAGAUCAGAAGAGGUGGCUAUGCCGACACUGGUAAAAAAUUUCAGCAAUGAAGACUCUAGAUCCAACUCUAGUUCUACAACAUACAAAAAUAAUGACAGUUAUGGUACUUCUACUCCACCUGCUAAUUGUGGAAUAUAUUCUAAUGACUACUUUUCAGUUGAGGAAAAUGUUCGUGGUACUUCUGCUUCACCUGCUAAUUGUGGUGGGGUAAUUAAAGAGAAAAAGGAUGAAAGUGGAGUUAACUGUCUGCAAGUGCAACCAAUCGAAAGCGAAACAAAAUUUUCAGAGCCUCUCAUGUUGAACACCAGUUGGACCAGCAUACAUUCUGCAUUAGAUGUCAGUGGUGGAACUAUCACUGCUGUAAUAGAUAGUGGUGUUUCAAUCUCCAGAUCAGAACAAAGACCAACAUAUCACGAGGUGCCGAAUGAAAUUGAUAACAAAGGUGAAGACAAAACAAUGCACAUCUCUCUUCAUCAUUCUGGACCGGGGAAGUUGCAACAGCGGAAUUUGCAUCUGGAUAAAGCAAAUGAAGUGGAUAUUGCAAUGCCCAUUCAAUCACAAGGACAAUCAAUGAUUGCAGGGAUAUGCAAUCUUCUAAGACAGAAAAUCCAAACGUUAUGCAACUGUGCUCUUCUGGGCUUGGGAUUUAAAAGCUUGGGCCUCGAGCAUGACUUCUUUUAUGCUUUAAUGCUUUGAAGCAUCCACCUUGGCCCUUGGUUGAUCAGUUCAGUUCAGCAUGUGGAGAUUGUUGCUAUCAAAUAGGAAAGUAAGAUGUGUUUAUGUGAAGCUGUGCAUCUGAAAGCAGUAGAGAACACCAGUUCAGGCGACCAGUUGUACUCAUAACGUUAAUGGUAGUUGCAUGGCUCAACGCAUAGUAAUACAAAAACGCUUUUCAUUGGCAGAUUAAACACAUGAACACGAUUUAUGUUCGUCGAUUAACCAACUGAUCAGAGAAUCUUUAUACGUACUGCUUUACUCUUGAAUUCUUACUGUUUCUUUGAAUUUUGCAAUAAAUCACAUUUAAAUUGGAGAGAGAA